UAUUAUCUAACAAGAUAUUCUCCAAGGAUACGCCUACUUUCAAAUCAAUUUAAAAAUAAAUAACCAUCAAUACGCAGUUUCAUAGAUAAAAUUUCAUUUUAUUGUUCGCUUUUAAUUUCAUUUAAAUUGACUGUGGUUUUACAUUACAAAUACGUGAGAAUUAGCCUUCAGAAAUUCUGCAUACCGGAAUGAAAUCAUUUUUGAACAUAUAUUGUUCACAUAAAUCGAUGUUACUAUGAAUUGACGCUUAGCAAACCAUGAUACAGCAAGCACGUGCUUUGUGAAAAUACAAGUUUCUGUAUCUGUAUACUUAUAACCUAGAUACAUGAACAAUAUUUUGGGAGAAUAAUAUUUCGAUGAAGUGAAAUAGAAUUAAUUGAUUCUAUAGUAGGAUUAAAGUACGUCUUUUUGAAACAUAGUGGUUAGACGCAUUUUCGCAUUACAAUGUAUCAGAAGUUAAGUUUUGAAGUCGAAUAUCUUACUGAGCAACAUCUUACCGGCUUCGAGACUUAUAAAUAUAGCUCAGUGGAUACAAGUCCUCUUAGUGUAUACAUUAUGCAUCCAUUUUGGAAUAAAGUAGUUCAUUACUGUCCAAAAUGGGUUGCUCCAAAUGUAUUAACUUUCUUUGGAUUUCUUUUUACUGUGUUCAACUUUACAUUAUUUGCAUUUUAUGAUUAUUAUUUAUAUGCAUCAAGUGAUGAUAAAUUACAAUAUCCCCCUAUACCAAGAUGGGUCUUUGCCUUAGGUGCAUUCAAUGUAUUUAUGGCAUAUACUCUUGAUGGUAUUGAUGGCAAACAAGCACGACGUACACAGACAUCUGGACCUUUAGGAGAAUUAUUUGAUCACGGAUUAGACAGUUGGACAACAAUGCUUAUUAGUGUUUGUAUGUUUUCUGUCUUUGGACGGACAGAUUUUAGUGUAUCACCAUUAAGAAUGUAUUUCAUCUUAUGGAAUGUGUUUAUCAGUUUCUAUUUGACUCAUUGGGAAAAGUAUAAUACAGGGGUAUUAUUCCUUCCUUGGGGAUAUGACCUAUCUAUGGUAGGUACUAUUAUUGUUUUUAUCAUAUCUAGUAUAGGUGGACAUAGAACUUGGAAAAUUGUUUUUCCUGGUGGUAUACCAGUGGGAGUAAUGUUUGAAAUAUUACUUUAUGUUACUGCAAUUGUAUCUAGUUUACCUGUGGUUUUGUGGAAUAUAUACAAAUCAUAUAGAGAUAAAACUGGUAAAAUGCGAACAUUUGUAGAUGCUAUAAGACCUUUAUUGCCUUUAGCAGUACUCUUUAUGAUUUCAACAAUUUGGAUAGUCCAUUCACCUAGUAAUAUCAUAGAAAAAGAUCCCAGAAUAAUUUUUUUAGCAAUUGGAACUAUUUUUUCAAAUAUAUGUUGUCGUUUAAUUGUAUCACAAAUGAGCAAUACUAGAUGUGAACUAUUAUCAUGGAUAUUACUACCUAUAGCAGUUGCAGCAAUAUUUUCAUUUAUCUUACCUAAUAUAGACUUAGUGUUUACAUAUAUUCUUGCUAUUAUAGCUUUAUUAGCACAUAUUCAUUAUGGAACAUGUGUGGUACGUCAAAUGUGUCGUCAUUUUCGUAUUUAUACAUUCCGUAUUAAAGAUCGUACAGACUGACUACUUGCUGACGAUACAUGUUAAAAACGAAGAAAUAUGAACAAACGGUCGGAAAGAGCUACGAAUCAGUAAGUAUAGAACAGAAAGAAAUUUUGAAAUUAUGAUUAAUAAGAAAAAAAUGCAUUUUGAUUAUAAAUAUGCAAAUAUUUAACAGUAGAUAGUAAUAGUUUAUUCAAAUAUGUAAUCAUCACUGAUCAUAUUCAAAAGAAGAAGUACCUGUUAUGUAAUAUUAAUUAUUCAUUUGCAGAGAUAAAACAAUUUAAUCUUAUAUUAUUAUGAUAUAAUUACAUAAUUAUUUCAUGAAUUUUUCUGUUCGUAACUCUGACUGUGCAUAGAAUAUUUAUUUUUGCACAUGCGAAGCUUUCUAGCUUUGAAUGCACAUCGAAUUCUUCGUUUUUAAUAUGUAUUGUCUGAGAAAUAAAAUUAUAAAUCUAGCUUGCUCAAUAUUCUCAUGAAAUGAAUAUCUUCUCCAUUGCAGAAAUUUUUUUUAUUUAAAAUAAUUAUUAAAGGAAAAAGUUUUCGUAAUAUAUGAAAACUGAGCAAGUUGGAAUGAUAUACGGAUGGAUAAUAUGAUAGAGAUGAAUAAUAUUGGUAUAUAUCUAUAAUAAGAUACAUGAAAGAGAUUAUUUAUUUUGAGUAAGAAUGCAUGUAUAUGUUAUAUUAUACUUAUAGUAAUCAGUUUCCAAUAAUAAAAUAUUUUUGCAAAUGUACAAAAUUUCGUGUAUUAACACACGAAUCAAUAAAUUUUGAGCUAGAUUAAAGAACUCGAGGAUUAAUGAAACUAAUAAAAAAAUAUGCUUCAUGUUUCUAAAAUGAAAUAAAAAAAUAUAAAUUUUUAACGUGGAAAAAAUAUAUAAAAUCUAUAUUAUAAUCGGAAAUAUAAAAUAAUUUUUUUAACAUAGGCAUCAUAUAAUAAUUAAUUCUUUUUUAUUAAUCUCGAUUUAUUACAAUCAAAUACAUAUUAAUUUUAAUUAAAUUUUCACAUGAAAAAUAUAUUGACAAAAUAUAUUACAAUGCUGAGUAAAAGAAUGUAAAUUUCAAUUAUUAUUUAAAUUAUUUUUUAUUUCUAUAAAUGUUAAUGGAUUCAAAACAUCAAUUUAAUCUAAAUCAAGUAAUAUUUUCCACGUUUUAGAAUCAAUCAUGAAAAAAUUAAUUUAUUUAAAAAUGUUUUAAAAAAUUUAUUUAAAAAUAUUUAAAAAUUAUUAUAAAUUUUAAUUGAUUUUAUUUGAUAAUUAUAUUUGAUUCCAUUUAAUGACUGCAUCAUAAAGUUUGAAAUGAUUAUAUGAAUAUUCAGUUAAAUUUUUUAUUUGUUAAUUUAAUAUAUUAUUAAUCCAUUUCAUAUUAUUAAUAAUUAUAAUUUUAAAAAUACUCUGUAGAAAAUAUAUUAUAUUUAAAAAAAAAAACAAAUUUGCAUUUGUUUGAAAUCUUAGAAAGAGUUGAAUGUUAAAUAGUGGUAACAAAUUUUUUGUAAAUUUUAGUGUAUGUAUAUAAAUAGUUAAAAAAAAAAUUAACAUGAAUGAAUAUGAAACUAUUUCGAAAUGCUAAAUUUUUUAAUUGAAAUAUUUAUGAAUACACUUGUAUAAAUAGUAAUCUAAAAACUAUGUAAUCUAUUUUAAUUGAAGUAUUCUUAUAUAACUUUAUUCUUUAGAUAUUUAAUUUUUUCUCAUAUGUAAUAACAUAUUGUUUGUAAGUUUAUAUUGUUAAUAAUUCAUCGAAUAUAAUAUGUAUAAUGUAUUAUUCUUUAAAUCUUCGUUUUUGCCAAAGAUAAAAACAAUCAUUUUACAUAAAUUAUAUUUUGUUUAUUCCUAAAAGUUAUAUGUACAUUUUAUUUAUAUAUUUUUAAUCUAUUGAUAAUAUAAUUAAAAACGCAAAAUACAAUUAUA